AUGUUACUGAGUCAGACUCUCCGGGUGAUUCAGAUGUGGGUGAGUUCUGAGAUCCUCCUGGUUCCUGGUCGUGCAGACAGGACCCGCUCUCCCCUCUCCCACGGUCUCUCACAGCACAUACAUCAGUGUAAAAGCAGCGCUGUGACGCUCGGGUCGUGAUAUACCGUGACGUGACUUUAAGUGUGUGUGUGUGUGUACAGGUCGGAAUCUCUCUGUACGUGUAGACAGAAGCGCUGAGGAUGUAGGCCGACGCACAACGCCAGACGCUUCCAAUUACACCCGAGUAUCUGUCAGGGGGCCUCCGAGCUCUGCCCUCUCCGUCCGAAAACAGGAGAGGGGCGCAGGACGAGCACGCCAGGACGCUGCAGAGUCUGCAGGAGCGUCUCCUCCAUCCUGA